ACAGGAAACAUACAUUCAAACCGCUGGUGAGGUUGGUGUUCACGAUAUCACUGUGGCAAAGACAGGAUUCAGAGGGGAGUUUUCCUUUUUAACAAUAUUGAAGCAAAUUUUAUUAACUUGAGUACGAUGUGUAUUGUACGAAACGUUGUGAGUAAUGUAUAGCUAGCGUUUAAUAUUUUCUUAUUGAGCUACUAUGUUUCUUUACCUUGACUUAGCUAGUCUUUUUUUAAUUACCAGAAGUAUUUAACGAACCACACGAAGACUUGAAACGACAACAAUUAUAGAUACAUUUAUUUUGUAUAGUAGUUGUAAAUCGCGUAGUUACUAUGAACUCUACUUACUCUACUAACCGGUUGAGUGGCGUGGUUACCCAUGGAGACAAGAGACGCUUAAUCAGAUUUGGCCUGCAUUAGCUAACCAGGUAGCUGCUUACAUCUUGCACAACUACCAGAAGAGACUCACUAUGGCGACCAGGACCAGAGGCAAACUCUCAAAACGCUCAUUUGGAGACGAUGAUAUACUAGACAGCCUGUUUGAGGAUAAAAAGAAGCCUUCCACAGGGAGAGCAGCUCGCAGUGGGCCACUGAAUCGCUCGUCUGCCACUGAUAACAUUUACAGCUUGCUGGCAGAAGAGGCAAAGACGGAUGACGGCAACACUGAGAACUCGGAUGUCUCAGCAGCAGAUCCUAAUGACAUACUGAAGGACAUGAAGGAUAUAGACGAUAUGGAUGCUGACCUUUUUACACUAAAGAAAAAGCCCAAUUCAGCCCCUGCACAGACGAAGCCAUUUGGUAAAAACAUUCCAAAAGCUACAGAAAUUACAACGUCAGACAACAAUGCAAAACAUGAGGGAGCAGGAGAACAAGGCACAAACGCGGGAAGGAAACCGCACUCGGCACCUUCAGUCUCAACACGCAGCCACAGAAGGUUCAGCUUCUCUGAUCUUGAUGACCCCCUCGCUGACCUUGACGACCUACUCCCAGAUGAAACCAGGCUAAAAUCUAAAUCCAGCGUGCAGCAGCCAAAAUCUAAACCUGAGACAGUGUCGCCUCCUUCUGCAUCCCCAGUCUUGAAGGCUAAAAAAACAAAAGCAGCAGCAAGUGAUCUCUUCGAUGACGAUCAGGACGACUUGAUGGAAGCUCUUGGAUUUGGCAGUGAUAAAAAUGAUUCCAAGAAGAAAGACUCUCUUCUUUGGCCAAACAAGGAAAGAAAGGAGCCACCUCAGAGGGCUCGCACCAGACUGGAUGACAUUCUGGAGAGUAGGACUUCACCCCGUCUCCUGGAGAGACCACCCACAGGUGAAAGGAAGGACACGGUGCAGUCUCAAGAGAAGCAGCAGCAGCAGGAAAAGAGCAGCAGCUUUAAAGAACCACCUUUGGAUGAUGAUCUUACUUUUGGGUCCUAUCAGCCCACGUUGGGCUCCACGCCUGAAGGACGUCAGUCCCGCAGACAGUCUGUCAGAUUCUCUACAGAGGAUAUCAGUCCUUCCACUCAGGAAAAAGACCCCAAAACUACUACCACGGCUCCACCCCGACAACGCACCUCAGCCGACUGGUUAGGCCUCAAAACAGAUGAUGAAAAUGUACUUAUAGGGAAUGGAAACAAAGAAAUCAAGACUUCAUCCGAGUCUCCCAGGACAUCUUCAUCUCCACUAAUGGAGAGAAAGUCCUCUCUGACUGGUGGCCAAGCUACACCUUCAGCCCCUGCAAACCAAAGCAAAAGGGAAGCUCCUGUCAUUCAGAAGAAAGAGGAGGAGGAGGAAGGAGAAGAAGAGGAGGAGGACUGGUUAGCAGGAGCACUGGGCAGGAAAAAAGCUUUGGCAUCCUCAAGUAAUGAGGCAAAAAAGUUGAAGCCGGAAGAUUCUUCAGGUCUGGGAGGAGAACCAGAGCAGGAGCCAUUUAUUAGUAAACAAGGCUCUUCCCAGGCUCCCAGGGUCCAAGAAGCUGCUCCGGCUGCUGUCAAAGAAACAAGUAACACUGCAAACACUGGACUUCCAUUGCCCAACGAGGCUUUGGAUGACACCCGGACACAGCUGAAGCCACUCAGCCUCAUGUCUGCCCCACUGUCUGGCACAUUUGAGUCAUUUCCACAACAAAACCAACAAAUGCACAACUCAGCAGCCGCUGUCCAACAACAGCAGGGGACAUUUUCCGCAGAUAACCUGCAGCAGGUGCUUCUGCAACAGCAGAUGAUACAGUCUCAGCUGCUUGGCCUCGGGGGUGUCGUCAAUUCAGGAGUUUUGCAGAGUUUAAAAUACAAAGAUAUUCCUCCUGGAGAUUAUCAAGGGUUGCAGGUUCGCAUCAUCCAGUUGGAGGGACAGGUGAAGACGUUGCAGCUGGAGCGAGACCAGAGCCAGAUGAUGCUGCUGAGUGUCCAGCAGCAGCACAAGCAGGAGAUUGAACUGAUAGAAAACACACACAAGGCUCGCAUUAAGCUUCUGGAGGAAUCGGCUGUCCAGAGGGAGACUCGAUGCCGGCAGGAAAACGAAGACCUAAUGGAACGUCUGGCCACAGUUACACGAUCCGCUGAGCAGGAACGUUCAGAGCUGCAGGCUCAGUACCAGCGCAAACUGGCCCAGGCCCAGCAGGAGAGAGACCGCGAGGUGGAGAGACUCAGAGACUUUCAGAGGAAAUCAAUCGCAGAAAUGAAGAAAGACCACGAAGACCAGAUCAACAGACUGAAGAAGUUGAAAGCAGAGGAGAUUGAUGCAGUGACAAGUGCAACAUCUCAGACCAGAUCUCUCACAGUUGUGAUUGAGCAGAUGGAACAGUUCUCCUCUCGGCUGGGAGAGCUUUCUUCUCGGGUGGAGAGCACACAUGAAAACACCGCCCACGGCCUGGAGCAGGGGGCACGGCACAGGGAUGAGCAGCUCAGAAUAAUGCAAGAGCGACUGGCUCAGCAGCAGAAAACCAUGGCAGAGGAGAGAACGUACCUCAAGGAAAUAAUUUCCAGGAUGGACGCUCAGCUCAAUGAGCAGCAGAGACAGCUUGAGAAGGAGCGAUGGAAGAUAACGGCCGAGCAGGCCAAGGCAGAGUCCACGCAGAGAGGCCUGGAGGAAGAGCGACGAUCCCUCAGCAUGCAGAUCAACAUGGAGAGGGAGGAACUGGAGAGAGCAAAGAGCGCUUUACUGGAGGAACAGAAGUCUGUGAUGCAGCAUUGCGCUGAUGAGAGGAGGAAGCUGGCGGCAGAGUGGGCCGACUUCCGCACCCAGGAGAAGCAGAGGCACCAGAGGUCUGAGCGAGAGGUUGGCAGUCUCUUAGAGAAGAGAGAAGGCUCCAUCAUCAGUCUGGCACAGGAACAAGCUGACCUGAAGCUCAGAACAGCAGACUUAAAGCAGAAGGAGAUGACCCUGGUGCAGGAGCGGGAAACUUUGGAGAGGCUACGAGAAGAACUGGACAGAGAGAAAGAAAGAAUAAGCAGUACGGCCCUGAGGCUGCAGACACGGGCCCAGGAGGUGGAGGCGUUCAGUAAUCUCGCGGCAGAGAAGUACGAGGAAGGAGAACGAGCACUGAAGAAGGCCAAACACGUGGAGGCAGAACACGAGUCAAGGCUCAGAAACAUCCACCUCCAAACUGACCAACUAAGGCAGCAAGAGAAGCGAAUCCUUCAGGAGCGAAGGCAGUUAAACCAUCUGCAGGAGGCAGGGAGGCUGAGACAGGACAUCACCUCCACACCACACAUCAUCCACCCUGUAUUACCAGAUCCAGUGCCAACAAACCCUGAAUUAACAUCAACCCUGAACAUUCAACCUCCUACUUCACUCACCAACACUCAGUCAAUGACGCUGCAGGCCAGCCUGGCUUUAUGGAAAUACACAGCAGAAAAGGAGCGCCAAUACCUCCAAGAGGAGCAGAUUUUUCUGGAGAGUUUAAAGAAGAAAUCCUACAGGUCAUCUUCACACACAGAUCAACCUCUACGUGCAGGACAGUUCCACUGAACACCCACUCCUGUUCUGUCAAAUACUUGAAUGUGCCAUUGUGCUUGAAUUAUGUUCAACAUCUUUAUAAUAAACCAUUUUAACACCACUGUUGACUAACUGACCAGUUUA